UAGGGAAUAUCCCAUAACCGUUCUCAGUUGUGAGUCAUCGCUAGUGGAAGCCCCGAUCUCACAGAUUCCGAAAGAUAUCGAAGCUUUCCGAGCCCGAACCGAGUAAACUACCCAUUCACGAGAUAUACACUUGUAUUCUACUACUACAGAAGCAUCUCAACUGGAGCUCAGGAGAUUUUGGACUAAAGUGCUAGCCUUCGGUGAUUGCCACCUGACCAUACCUACGUGCUAGCUGUAUACCCCCUUCACAUCAAGGGUUAUGUACCCUAACGUUACUGUAGCAUCGAGCGACGUAACCAGCCUGAUGAAGAAUCUAAAUGAUGUCCUCACUACGAUGUCUACAGGCAUCAUGCAAGGAGACGGUGAGGAUUACACAGCAUCUGAUGAUAUCAUGGACAUUUCAAGCUAUGCCCCACCACCGAUGACCAGCUCACCCCACCCAAUGAGCACACACCAACAUGCCAUCCCAACCUCUGUGAUCACACCAACUUCACUGACGAGUGGAUGGUUGCCCCAUCUCAACAACAACAUCCACGGGGGUAACUUUGUCCCACCAACGGUGUCUUCGAACUCUCACUCCCCCAUCGCUAACAGGAUCCAAAACUCAAGGAAUGUCCACCCGGGAAGGGGGAUGGUUGUCAGAACGGCUGCCGACUUGGACAUGCUCAGGAUGUCCCCUUCCACUUCAAGGAGACGAAUCAGAGAUGAGGAGUUGCCGCCAGAUGAGAGAGACAAAAGACGUGUACGUCGUGAGAGAAACAAAUUGGCAGCUGCUAAAUGCCGCCAGAGACGUGUGGACCAUACCAAUACACUGAUUGGGGAAACCGAAGAUUGGGAGGAAAAGAACGCCACUUUGGAGCAAGAAAUCUCAAAACUGCACCAACAGAAAGAACAACUGGAGUUCAUACUGGAAGCCCAUAAGGCCAUGUGCCGACAGAACAAAGCCAACAAACAGACCGCCACCACCUCCACAGCAACAUCAACUUGCAGUUUGGAAACCCCUACAAAUGAAGUGGUCACGCCCACCAGCGUCUUCAAUUACUCCGUGGCGAAUGGGAUGCAAAAUGGCGAGUCGGGCGAAGCCAUGAGCUGUGGGAGGGAAGCGAUUAAAUCAGAGAGCAGCGGUAGUGACAUUUCGAGUCCGGAUUCAAACAGGACUCUUAUUCAACUGUGAGAAGAUGGAACCUGACACAAUUAGAGACUUUUUUUAUUUAAAGGCAGACAGCAGACUAUACAUUUCGUUAUGAGGAAUAUUUGUAAUUUUGCUCAGAAAACCUGUAAAAAACGCUGUGAUAUUGCAAAAGAGGAACAUAUUCAUGAUGUUCUUAUUUUUAGGCAAGUGUAUUCAGGAGGAAGUAGAAACAACUUCCAUUUGAAAACGGAAUCAUGAUAUACUUAUUGUCAUUCUUGAAUUUAGCAUCGGAUUGAAGUGCUAAAAAUACUGAGAGCUAAAGCCUAAAGUGUUAAAAAACACAGAGCUAAAGCCAAAGUGUUAAAAUGCUCAGAGCUAUAGCCUAAAGUGCUAAAAUACACAGAACUAAAGCCUAAGUGCUAAAAUACUCAGAGCUAAAGCCUGAAGUGUUAAAAUACGCUGAGCUAGCAUAUUGUGUUAAAAUACACAGAGCUAUAAGCCUUAAGUGCUAAAAUACUCCGAACUAUAGCCUAAAGUGCUAACAAUCUCAGAGCUAUAGGCUCAAGUGCUUCUAAGCACUUACAAUACUCAGAGCCAGACCAACAUAAUAUCAUGAUCGUAAAGCUAUCAACUCUAAAGAAGUAAUUCGUUGUACCAAAUUAAAUGUAAUAAUAUUUAACUUAUUGACAAAUGAAUGUCACAGCAUUGCCUUCAUAUUUCAUUCCAGAACGAACUUAACAAGUAGAAUGGUGUGAUGCAAAGUGUAAUAACAGAAACCAUAUAGGGUUUCUAGUCGAACUAAAUAAAUCUAGGUGCAAUAAUAUUUAUAAUAAUUGAUGACUAAACUUAUUUGUUGGAAGCAGAAGUAUCCCUCUGUGGAAUUUUCUCAAAAAACACAAAAACACCAGUGCCAGUAUCAUACGACCAUUAUUUUUUUCUUACUUAAGCCUAUUUCAACAUUUUUUAGUGUAUAUGUUUAUAAUUAUCUAAGACUGCAUGGUAAUGUUAAUACCAAGGUUUGCAGAUGACAAUUCGCAACAAGUUACUGGGUUACAUUUUGCUAAAAUGCCAUCAAUCUAAGCGGGAACCAUUCAUUUCUCUAAGCCGUCUAAAUGCUUGAUUUUCCCCACGCAUUGUUUCGGAUUGACACGGUGAGGUAAUGGUCCUCGGACUUGGUCAAUGUGAGUCAGACUUCAAAGUCUUACUCAUCGACAGAGAACAAGAAAGUUUAUUUGCGGGGACACUUUCACCGACCUGGGGAAAAGUGAUGUUAGAUUCUCAGUAAUUAAUCUGACCUUUAAAGAAUAUUGUUGAGUCAUCCUUCUUUAACACAAUUGCAUUCAGACUAGCGAGUGAGAAAACUUUUUAUUUUUAGAACGAGAAAUAAUUCUGACUGAAUUUCUGUCAUGCUGCUCAAUUCUUUCUCUACAUAAAAGCCAUCGAAGGCCUUGGAUUUUUAUCAUCAUCGUUUUUUUAUUGUAAUCAUUUGAUAAUCGUUACAAAAAACCACAACACACACACACUGAAAUAUUGCAGAAUUGCCUUACUUGUUUUGCCGAAUUAAGGCAGGUUUUGGCUCUUGAAAAACCAUGGGGGGAUUUGUUGUUAGCCUGUUAAUAAUGUAUGCCGUUUUGGGGGUAAUUUUUCAAUACUUUAUAAUGCCAAGUUUGUACAUUACAAUGUCUCAUACCACUGCCAACUUUACGACUGUUUUAUGUGUAUUUUUUAAUUUGUUCGUUUCAUAUUUUUCGAUUACGAUAAAUUAUUUUUUCAUAAAAAACAAACGUGACGCCUCUGCGUGGCGUCCAAGAAGUUACGUCAUUAAAUAUAUUUAUUUAUAUUUAUUUAUUUUGUAAAUACCGUUAAAGUGUCCAUGCAUUUGUUGAUUCGCAUUUUGAGUGGAUUUCAUGUUUUAUUCGUUAAGUAAUACAUGUAUAUGUCAAAUGUAGAAUGAUAAAAUGAAGAAAAACAAAACUCGAGUAGUAUUCGUACCAAUUGUGAUUGUGUCUGUCGAAACGUAGCAUUGUGGACAUCGUGUCUUUGUGAAGUCACUAAUAACUCGUUGUAUCAAUGUUAAGUGUUUCGUUUUACUACAAACUUGUAUCAAAGCCUAUGCAUUGUUCACCAAGAUUUUUACCACUGCCAGAAAUACCUGUACCAUUAUUCUCUAUCAAGAAGAAAAGGAAAAAAACAUGUAUAAAACAAUGAGAAAAACCACUGACAUAUUUCAAAUACCAAUGUAAUUUUGCUCAUUUUGAAAUAAUGUAACAAAAGAAUCUGAGGUUGAAACAUUGUAGGUUAUCGUUUAAUAAGCCAUUAUACAGUUCAUGUUAUGAGGUUUUUUCUUUCUUUUUGGGAAAUAAAUACCCGCAAAAUUGCGGAGAAUGAAUGAAAAGUA